AUGUCGACCGCAAUCGAACAGCUCGGCGCAAAGAUUUAUCUUAUCCACACACCACAACUGCAUCGACCAUUCCUGACCACUGUGCCCUUUAUUGCCGGCGACUUUGUGUCAUGGGGAUACCGGGUCGACCAGCAUGCAUCAAACUCUCCGUACAUUGCUGAAAUACGCGCGCGCGAGAAGAAGCAGCAUGCAAACCGCAAAGGACGAGACGUGAGCCAGAGGACCAAAUUGAUGGAAAUAUGGGCACAUGAAAUCAUCGAAAGAAAGAAGACAGAAAGAGAGGCGAGAAGACAAAAUUCAAGACGAGGAGAAGGAGAAACAACAACAACAACAACGGAUCUGGAAACGAGCAGCCCAUGCAUGCACACAGAUCCCCGGAUGAAGAAAACAGGAGACUUUGUCCAAGACUUCCUCGGCGGCAUCGUCGAAGUCGGGAACGAAGAUAACCAGGACAUACCACCUUUGAAGAAAACACCAGAGAUACAACCCGAGACAUUGCGAAUCCGCGACCACAUCCGCUACCUAUACGCCAUCCGGUACGUACCCAACGCACCCUUACCGGACUGGGCGCAUCCCACCGUCACCUACGCCGACAUGGUGGUGCUCGAGUACCGGCCACAAAAGACCGACAUGCACGACCAGUUUCUGCGUGCGCUGGGCAAAGCGAUAGGCAAAGACGAAGGGAGAAUGGGCAAAGUGGAAACGUGCAUCAAGACGGGGGCGAUGCGAGUGUCGCUGUGGAUGGAUGUUGGGGAUGUGAUUGGGGAGUGGGCGAUGAGCAGACAGGGAGAUGUCGAAGAUAGAGAUCCCGUGCCCAAGUACGAGAGGGGAGAAGGGCCACCGGCGUAUAUUUAG